AUGUCAUCAUCCGUCCAAGGAGGCCGAGUAACCAAGAACACCACUACUACAACUACCGCGCGGCGGAGACGCGUACAACACCCGAAGAAGACACGAGCUAGUAUUAAGUCCCAACCACAAGGUCAUGAGUAUGAGCGCAAUGGGAGUCAGUACAACCCAUCAUCAUCACUCCCGCUCGUCGAGCGCACCAACAAACUCAGCAUCCAAGAAUUCACUUCAAAAUACAUCCCCCCAGAAUGUCUAACCUACACAAUCAAGAAUACAGAGAAAUAUUCUGAUGGAGAACAAAAAUACAACUUCUCCAUCCACUCCGCAGCCAGCAUCCCUACCACCGACCUAAAUGCAUGCUUCGAUCUCAUCGAGGAGACAUCCUCCGAGGCAUACAGGAAUUCCUCGACGGGGUGGUCUCCCAGUAAGAAGAAGAAGGAGAUGAAGCUUCCUGAUAUGAAGUAUUUGGUUGUUCGUCGGGAAGAGUUAACACCAAGUGAUGGUGAAGGGGAAGUGGUCGGAUUCAUGUCAUUUAUGAUUACGUACGAAGACGGGAAAGAGGUGGUGUAUCUCUACGAGAUCCAUUUGUCGGCUGAGGUGCAGAAGCAAGGGCUCGGGAAGCGGCUACUGCUUGUGCUGAUGGAGAUAGGGAGACGGGUUGGGGUGGAGAAGGCGAUGUUGACGGUGUUUACGUCGAAUGGCGUGGCCCAGAGGCUUUAUGAAGCUAUUGGGUUUGAGACGGAUGAGUAUAGUCCUCGGCCGAGGAGGUUGAGGAAUGGGAUGGUUAAGGAGCCGGAUUAUAGGAUUAUGUCUGUUAGGUUGGAUGGGGGGCCGUAUGUAUGA